UCACAGUGACAGUUAAGAGUGUCAAGAAAAAAAAGAAUAAGCUUCAAACUUUGGACAGCCUUUGAUGAAAAAUGAUUCUUAGGGCAUUCUUCCUGUUUCUCGUUGCGUCUUUGGCAACCUGCGAUGCCCUUCAGGAUGACGACAUCGUGGACAACUUUUUGUCUUUCACCCAGGACUACAAUGAGUAUUACAAAUCAGGAAAGAUGAGUGUGCGAUUGCAGGAAACAAUGGACCUCAUCCGCUUGCAAACUCCGUGGAAAGGCGCCAACCCAAAAUUUGACCCUUUGUUUUUGCAAUUAAUUUCUCCUGAACAAAAGGCGCCGAUAACUUGUCUUUUGUGUGAUACACUGGUCAACCAAGUUCUUGGAUGGAUCGAAGCUGGUGAAACAAGAGAACAAUUGGUCGAGCGAGCCGUCACCAUUUGUCUGGACUUAAACAUCCAGAAGGAAAACGUCUGCAGGGGAUUGAUAGAGAGCAAUAUUGACAUACUUCUGUUUAUCUACGCUAACCGAGAAGUACGAGCGGUUGAUGUCUGCGGCAUGGCUUUAUUCCCUGACUGUCCUCUGGACAACCCAAUGUUCAAUUGGACCGUGGACAUAUCCAUCGCAGGACCAAAACCACCUGUUACGACCCCUAUACUUCCCCCAGAAGGUUCACCAACUUUCAAAGUGCUCCACAUAAGCGAUUUGCAUUUGGAUUUGCAUUACGCGCCUGGAAGCAACGCUGAAUGUGACGAACCCACGUGCUGCAGGGCUGAUCAGGGCGCACCAGCUAACGAAAGUGCGGCGGCUGGGUACUGGGGAGACUACAGAGAUUGCGACAUGCCUUGGCACUCGUUUGUUAACAUGCUCGAGCACAUCAGAGACACGCACCCAGACAUAAGUUACGUCGUUUUUACUGGAGACGUUCCUGAUCACGUUGUUUGGAACACAUCUUUUGAGUACAACACCGAGUUGUUCACCAGCGCGUUUAGGGAAAUGUCCAGAGUGUUCAGCGUUCCCGUGUUCCCUAUUCUUGGCAACCACGGACCACACCCAUUAAAUCAAUUCGCAGGGCAAGACCUCUCAAUUCCAAGGAACGUAUCAUCAAGCUGGUUGUACGAGUUGAUGCGAGACUCUUGGUCCCAGUGGCUGCGUCCGGAAACUCACAAUGACAUUCUCAGCGGAGGAUUUUACAUGACUCAAGCCAUCGACAAUCUUUGGAUCAUUGGCAUCAACAAUAACUUCUGCUACAACUACAAUUUCUGGAAUUUGUAUGACAAUGAAGACCCUGGUGAUCAAUUGAAGUGGUUGGUUAACACACUGACCCUGUUGGAAUCGCAAGGAAGAAAGGUUCACAUUUUGGCGCACAUUCCUCCCGGUGGCGGAAGCUGCGUCAAUUCAUGGGGCAAAGAGUUCAACAAGAUUGUCCACAGGUUUGAGAGCACGAUCACAGCUCAUUUUGUCGGUCACAGCCACAGCGAUCAAUUUUACGUCUACUACGACCCAGAAGACCUUUCAAGGCCGAAUGGAGUGGCUUUUCUCAGUGGCAGCAUGACCCCGUACAGUGACCUCAACCCGCAGUACCGAAUCUAUACUAUUGAAGGAACUUACGCCGGAACUGAAUAUCGCGUGUUGGACCACGAGAAUUGGUAUUACAAUCUAACCGAGGCAAAUCUGAAUGGACCAGCCGUUCCACCCAAUUGGAGGAAAUUGUACAAUUUUAAUGAGGAAUUCGGAACCGUGGCGCAAAUACCUAGUGAGCUUGACCAGCUUAUUCACAGAAUGAUAAACGACACCAGCCUGAUUGAAAAAUACAACAGAUUCCAUGUGUCAAUGGCUGACCCUGGUCUCGCCGGAGGUUGCGACGUAGGGUGUCAGAGGGGCUUGGUUUGCAGAAUGGUCGAGACGUUGGAGGGAGAUUUGAGAAAGUGCGAGGAACUGUGGCCGCCGCAGUAAUUAUGAGUAAAAACGCGAUAGCGUUUAAUUACCGUCAACGCUAAUUGCAAUAAAAUACACCUGCAGAGUA